UGAAUAUCAAUAGUUAUUCAUAGAAUCACUCUUCUUGAUUUAGGUUGAUGUUAAAAAGACUGAGAAACUUGUCAAAGUUCAAAAUAAUCCAUUUGUAACUAACUGUUAGUGUUUCAAUAAGUUCAGAAUGACUAGAUCGCGCCUCAGUUCACAUCGAAGCAGCGUUGCCUCAAUCAAAUCGGCAAUUAAAAAUGUGGCCAGAUUUCGAUGGUUGAUAUUCAUACUUGGAAACAUCGCUAAUUUUGCUAACGCUUUGAUUGGAUCCAGUUUAAGUUUAACAAUCGUUGCCAUGAUUGAAAAAGAUCCGACCAACUCAACACAACUCUUUGACGCAAAUGGAACAUCAACAGUGAAAAUCGAACCAACAUCAACGGGUAAAAUUCAUGUCGAUUGGACAAGUGUGGAUAAAGAUCGAAUGCUUCAAGCAGGUUUCUGGGGAGUUUUAGCAAUAUCAUUAUUUAGUGGUCGCAUCUGUGAACUAUUUGGUCCAAGGAAAGUUGUGUCCUUAGCUUUAGCAUUCGUAGGAUUGACCAACAUGCUAUUUCCCUUAAUAGCAACCUACAGUUUUUUUGGAGCUUACCUGAUUAAAAUUAUCCAAGGAAUGUGUGCUGGAUUAGUGGCACCUUCACUCUUUGUGAUGAUCUCUCGAUGGUCCACUUCAAGUGAAAGGACUUUGUCAAAUGCAGUGGUAAUAUCUGGUGGUGCUAUUGGUAAUCUUGUUUCCCUACCAUUUGCCGGUGUUUUGGUUAGUUCCAGUUUCCUUGGUGGUUGGCCUUCAGUGUUUUACCUAUUUGGUGGAUUUAAUUUAAUCUUUGCUGUCGUUUGGUAUUUUAUUAUCUAUGACACUCCCGAGGAGCAUCCAUAUUUAAGUCCUGAAGAACUUGAAGAAAUACUUGCCAAUCGUACACUCAAAUCAGGAAAUACAAUUGAAGUGCCUUGGCGGAAAAUGUUGACAUCAUUACCGGUGCUUGCCCAUCUUACUCCUAGUUUUACUUAUGGUUGGGUAGUUGCUACUGUCUCCUCUCAGAUUCCUUCAUUUUAUGAAGAGGUUCUUGGGUUUUCACACACAGCGAAUGGAUUUAUAUCGAGUCUUCCCUGGUUGCUAUCAACGCUUUUUUCGAUAACUGCAAGUACAAUUGCUGAUAAAUUGCGUCGAACUAAUCGCUUCUCUACUGCAGUAAUACGGAAGGUUUUUACCUUAUUUGGUUUAGGUACAGUAUCUGGUGGAUUAGUUGCAAUAACUCUCCUUGGUAAAAGACGAAUGGCUGUUGUAUUAACUUUAUCAAUUACUAAAGGAAUGGGAAGUUUAAGUAUUGCUGGUGCUGGUGCGAAUCAUCUCGACAUAGCACCGUCAUUUGCUGGGACUUUGGGUGGCUUUUCAUCAGUUUUAAGCAGUGUGGCAUCAUUAGCUGCCAAUGAAGGUGUAGCUCGGAUCGUUGGGAAUGAAACAACAGCUCAAAAUUGGUACUAUUUCUUUUACUUGAGCGCAGUGAUAAACAUCGGUGGAGCAAUCGUGUUUUGCCUAUUCGGUUCUGGCGAAACACAAAGUUGGGAUCCUUCAUCAGUUCCUAAGCAAAGUGAUAAAUCAAAUGAUUCAAGUUUCAAUUCACAAAACAUCACUGAUGGCAAUGAAGAAAAUAAUAAUCAAAUAGUCAGAAUCUCUUGAAAACAAUAAUCCGAAUCAAGAUGUUUCUUAAAUUAACAAUUUUUUAAUUUUUAGUUUGUUAUUUGUGUUAUAAAUCCAUUGAAAUCUGCAAUAAAAUUAAAUGUUUUUUUGAUUAAUAACUCA